CUCUGGAGUGAAACUGGAUAUUUAUCCUGCCAGGGUGAGACAAUGGAAGUUGGGAGAACAACGAGUUUAACUUUAUAAACUCGGAAUUAACUCGGGAUUUGAUUUGUUUUCGAGUGGGAGGAGAAGGUGCUUUGGAAACAAGAUUUGCGUUAUAACCGUGUAUAUAUAUUUUUUGUCGGUUUUUGGUUACUUUUUUUCUGUGCUUUGCCUUCCUUGUUUUAUUUUUUUACUUUCUGGGACUUCAGGAUGCCUCAGACGACGCCAUUCGCAGCUAAGUUUCCUCCGAACCCGUACGGAGGAGGUCAUACUCGCUACAAACCUGUGGAGGAGAGCUACAGUGGGCUGAGGUAUCACGACAACAACCUCGUAUCCGGAUCGCUUGAGGCUCUCAUACAGCACCUCAUCCCCACUGUGGACUAUUCACCUGAUCGGUCGUACAUCUUCACCUUCCUGCUGAGCUCGCGUCUCUUCCUGCAUCCCUUCGAUCUCAUGUCCAGGGUGUGUUACCUGUGUGUGGAGCAUCACCGAGUAGGAGACCCUCAGAUCGAUAAGAAGCGAAUCCGUGACAUCGCACCGAAGAUCGUUCAGCUUCUCACCGAGUGGACGGAGACAUUUCCCUACGACUUCCGGGACGAGCGAAUGAUGCGCAGCCUGAAGGAGAUGACACACCGGCUGGCGUUUGGGGAUGAGCUGUCCCGGAGAGCGAUGCAGCGCCUGAUCCAGCGACUCCUGCGCAAACUCACCAUCCUGGGCCAGUACGAGGAGUCUCUGGUGACGUCCAGCACACCGGUCACGCCCCCGGCGCCGGCGUCCUCGUCGGCGGGGGACAAGUCGUCCGCUUUAAAGGCGAAGCAGCACGUGAGGAGGGAGGAGUGCAUCCUGAACGUGUGUGACGACCCGUUCAUCCUCGCCCAGCAGCUCACACACAUCGAGAUGGAGAAACUCGGCUACAUCGGCCCCGAGGAGUUCGUCCAGGCGUUCGUUCAGAAAAGACCUGCUGAUAAUCACAAGAGUUUUUUCAGUAAAAGGAGGGUCAGUAAUCUGGAAGCCUACGUGGAGUGGUUUAACCGGCUCAGUUACCUGGUGGCCACAGAAAUCUGCCUGCCGGUGAAGAAGAAGCACAGAGCUAGGGUGUUGGAGUUUUUCAUCGACGUGGCUCGGGAAUGCUUCAACAUCGGCAACUUUAACUCCUUAAUGGCUAUAAUCACUGGGAUGAACCUGAGCCCCGUGUCCAGGCUGAAGAAAACAUGGGGCAAAGUCAACACGGACAAGUUUGAGAUCCUGGAGCAUCAGAUGGAUCCGUCCAAUAACUUCUACAGCUACCGUACUGCACUGCGAGGAGCCACUCAGAGAUCAGCUACGGCUCACACCACCAGAGAAAAGAUUGUUAUUCCGUUCUUCAGCUUGUUCAUUAAGGAUAUCUACUUCCUUAACGAGGGCUGUGCCAGUCGACUGCCUAACGGACACAUCAACUUCGAGAAAUUCUGGGAAGUGGCCAAGCAGGUGAACGAGUUUCUGGCGUGGAGGCAGGUGAUCUGUCCGUUCGAGAGAGACCGGAAAACUCUGCAGUACCUCAUCAGUGUGUCCGUCUUCACAGACGAUGAGCUGCAGUUGGCCUCGUACGAGAGCGAAGGCCCAGAGAACAACCUGGAGAGAGAUACACGCCGAUCCCUCAGGUCGUCUCUCAGCAGGAUGUAGAAGCUGAAGUCUGGGAGUGUCGGUCCUGACUGGAAUAAAAAAGUGAAACACUGCACAAAGCGUUUUUGUUUAUAUGAAGAAAAUUCGUAUCAUAUUUUUCUCUCUGUAUUUUAUAAUGAGACUGGAUUCUCAUGACCGCAUCGGCUCCGGAUUGUUCAUCUCAUCUCAUGUACCUCAUGUUGAGCAGCUUGUGUAAGCUUAGUGAAGUGUUAUAAUCAUAUUAUAAAGCCUAUUAUAAUCUCGUGUAGAAACGAAGAGCCCGUCGCUGGCUGACCUCUUCUGUUACACCGUAUAAGCUGUAAAAUGUAUUUCUAUGUUUUAUAUGACGUUUAAGUGUUUUUUAUGGAUUUGUCUGCCUCGUGUAUAUAAUUGCCUUAUAAAGAAACUCUAAACAUA